CAAUCAUUCUUACACAGGUAAUACUACGAAAAUAAAUAAUACUAAUAUUUCUGGAUAAACCCUAAUUGUUCUUCUCGUUUUCUCUCUGUCAAAGAUAACUGUGACAAAAGAGCAGCGAUUUGCAAUGUGGGCUGAUGACCUUUGUUUGACCUUUCGCCUUCAAAACAAAACAUGUGCAGUCUGCAAUGUUUGGAAAUACUAUUUGCUAUAAGUCAUUUGAUAAAGUAUCUUACAUCUUGUGACACAUGGAAACAAAAAAGUCGCCUCCCUUCAAAAGAUUAGUUUCAGGUAAGUGGCCCAUCAAAGUGCAUAAUUAAACACCUGCCACCCAUCGUAGUAAACAUUGUUGCAGUCUGAAGCGAGAAGGCUAUAAAUAUGUCAUGAUGCGAUCUAACUCAAACCCAAAUAAUCACAUUGUCCAAAAAUGAACGCCACGCAAACAAGAGUGGACUUUCAGAGCUUCGAUAUGUGGCACGACUAUAUGGACCUGAGCAGGAUCCUUCUGGGCGACCGGCGACCGGUGGAGCUCGGAGACACGGAGGAACCCGGCGAGGAUCCCGUCCAGCAGAUGCGUCACAUCCAGGCUUCACUCGCUCGGAAGAAAGAGAAAAACUCCUCAGAGAUCAGAUCAACCAGCAGCAGAAGCAGCAGUCUGUCAGACACCAGCUGCGGCGGCGGGACUUCGGCUGACUUCUGCCGCUUCUGCAGGCAGAACGGGGAGUCUCCACGGGUGUAUCGGUCCCACGCACUCAGAUCGGACGACGGGAAGGUGACCUGCCCCAUCCUGUGGAGCUACACCUGCCCCAUCUGCGGGGCCAGCGGGGACCACGCUCACACACGCAGGUACUGUCCUAAAGCGAAGCGAAGUGAUGCGGCGACAGAGCUGCCGGGGUUCAAGUUCUGGUAACUGAUGAUGGACUCAGAUGACACCCAAACUGUACAUAAUUACAAAAAAUUUUUAUGAACAUGUGUUCAGUUUUACCUCCAGUGCAGACAGUUGGAUCUGCAGCCUUCAGUCUGUCGGUGUUAAAGAACAGUUCAUUAAAAACCUUUCAGAGUUACGCAGUUCAUGUGGCAAACAGUUUAUUUUGUGUUUGUUUACUGACAGUGACAUAAACCCCCAAUCACUUGUUCUAAAGACUUUACCAAAACAAAAUAAACCGUUUCCCGAAGAGUCGACUCUAUCAAUGCUUUUUAUUUGUGUGUAUAAACGUAUCAAACCUAUUUAUCACUGUUUGCAAAAGUUUGGAACAUUACUAUCUAAUCGUUCAUCGUAUAAAAAUCUUCACUAUAAAGGUUGAGUAAAGAGGGGUUACAUAAAUGAUCUUUUAUAGUUUCAUAAUUCCUGUCCCGUGGUUUCAUAAGAGGUCAAACUCGAGCUCAUGUUUAUAGCUAAAUAUUAAAAACCAGUUCUUUGUUUUAUAAACACUUAAUCGGUACAGAUAACACUAUAGUCCAGAGCUGUAGUGGCAUAGAUUCAAUGCCAAACCAGCAAAAAUGGCUGUAUCAAUACAUAAGACCAGAUGGACUGUGUGUAGAUUUAAACAAGCAAACAAAUAACUAAAAGAUAAAUGCAAUUUUCAAAUUGAAUCACGGCUUUUCUUUAUUUUUAUUAGUUUCUGCGUUGCAGAUACAUAGUGAAGGCAUGAAAUCUAUGCAAAAAAAGUAUAUAGAAUUAUGUAGCAAACAAAAAAUUGUGAAAUAACUGAAAACAAUUUUGAUAUUUUACUUUAUUU